AAUAACAUAACAUAAAAUAAAAUAUUAAUUAAAGAAAAAAAGGAAAACUUGUGCCCCAGAGUUGAGUUCGACGGAAAAAGAAGCCUCUGGAAAGUCCUAGAAAUCCCAACCGCAGAGGGUAGGGAGGACUUGCUAAAUCUGAACCAGAAAGAGAGAACAAAGAAGGCUAAUAAACCUGAAGAUCUGUUUUCUCCAUGUGAUAGUGGCUCAUGCAAAGAACAUAAAAACCUAACUAACAUCAGAUAAUACAAGGAUGUCUGAUCAUUGUUUGAAGAGCAGCAAAGUAGAUUCUAGUAGUAGUGAGCUUUGUGCUGAUGAUACCAUCUUAGGAGACAAGUGUGUGGUGGAGGAUGACAGUGUGUCUCAAUAUUCAAUCAAUCACAUAUCUCAAACCGACAAUGAACUCAGCUUUCUUGAUAAUGAUGGGUGGCUCGAUAUCGGAAACUUUGAAGAUGUUGAUAGGAUGAUGUUAAGCUGUGACUUGACAUUUGGAAUGGGGAGCCUCAAUAAUGAAGAGGAGUUCUGCUGGCUCCGGUCUUCGCAAGGAACUGAAGGAUCUGAUGAUGCAUUGAAGUCUGCGUUCAAGUUUUCAUCUGCUGAAGCAAGUCCGUUGAAAAGUAUAUCUGAUUAUAAUAUAGACACAAAUGAAAACAUGGAAGGUCUGCCAAUUAAUGACGGGAACGUUAAAGCAUCUCCUAUUGAUAAAAAAUUGAGGUCUCCAACGAAUGCCAAUCAUGAUGGAAUUCCUUCUUCACUAUCAACAUUCGAUGAAUCAGCCAUGAAAUCUGGUAAUGCAGAUGACUUGAUGGCGAAACUAAAGAUGCAAGGAAACCUGUCAAAAACAUCCGCAGGAAAGAGAAAAACUGGCUACUUAGAACAUGCUGAUUCUGAUCUUCCUUAUGCUCAAGUGGAGCAAUAUGUAAAUCUGAAGCAAUCUUUUGGAGCCUCUUCCAGUGGGGUCACUUCACAGGAUAGCAUCCACAAACACAGACCAGACAUGGAUUCUAAUUCUUUAGGAAAUAUACAGAUACAAACUGACCUGAUGGACCCAGACUAUUGUCAUACUUCUAAUUACACUUCCCUCUUUGCAACCUUGUCUGGAUCUAGGUCUGAACAUGAUGGACAUCCAUCUCCUUCUUUUAAAGAAUCGUCAUUUGCAUCAAACAUGGAGAGUUCUCAUGCUCAUAAUUUGGAUGCUGUUUCCUUGACAACAAAAGAUGAGAGAGAAAAUUUAUAUUUUUGCCACGAUGCACAGCUAAUAAGUCCAAGGUUUAAAAGUGAAAAUAUGGAAAAUCCCGUGCCAUUCAAAAGUCCAGGUUCAGCUCAGAAGGUAGGCCAUCAGUUUGAAAAUGAGAAUGAAGGCCAUAGUGAAGUCGGAGAAAUUAGCAUAAGAUUUUCACAAGAAAUAGACUCAUCAAAUGUGCAGGAAAGCUCAUCUAUGAGCUCUGCACUGGACGAAGCCUCACUUGAAGCAACUAGCUUUCGCCAACUGCAACAGGUCAUGGAUCAGUUGGAUAUUAGAACUAAACUAUGCAUAAGGGACAGUCUAUACCGCUUGGCUAAAAGUGCUGAGCAAAGACAUAAUGAUACCAAUGCAAGUGGUCAAAUUGGUGAUGAUGUUGAAGCCUGCAAAGCAGUAAUGAUACAGGACUCAAACAGGUGUACGGGAUUCAUGAAUAUUGAAACUGAUACGAAUCCCAUCGAUCGAACUAUAGCACACUUACUGUUUCACAGGCCUUCAGAUCCAUCAAUGUUGCCCCAUAAUGAUCCUUUACCUUUCAAAUCCAGUUCCAUGUUACAUGGAUCGGUGAUCAAUCCAGCAGUAGAAGUGACUGAGAAACAGGUUUUUCAGGAAGAAUCUUCUACUGGAUUAGAAAAGUCGUCUUAAAGGGUAACAUCUUCUGAAAAGAGAAACAAUGUCUUACGUCUUAUUUUAAAGUUAGUCAUUGUAUCAUAUCAUAUAUGAUGUAUAAUUAUUCGGAGACUUGCUCAGAUCCCUUUGUUAGUGAUUCAUUUUUUUGCAUCCGAUACCAUUUUAUUGGUGCAUAAAUGGGGCUGAUCAUCAAUAUAAAGGGAGCGUAUGAGAUUUUUUUCACGUGAAACUGAAAGAUAUAAUUUUCUAGUGUAGGUUUCUUUUAUUUA